AUGGAUGACGGGAAUAGUGAAGUUAUCACAUUGACUAGCGCAUUGAAAAAAACAUCACCGGCGAGUUUUGUGAUUGCGAAAAAACGCGUUGGUGGCAAAGAUGCACCAAUUAAUUAUCUGCUUGACGAACGUGUCUUUUACCCUGGUGAUACUUCUGCUGACAAGGCAGCAGCUAAGUUAGAAGUUUUGGAAACACUUCGCUCUCGCAUCCUUUCAUCGGAAAAGUCUGAAUGGAAUCAUUCAACUUCAAAUUCGGACAACGUGUACUUGAGUGGCAAAUGCUACAAACGCACAAAUGUUAAUGCAGAGCGAAAUCCUGCGCAUAUGUUUAAGUACAACUACCGAGCUGAAAAGCUGCCAAAGAAAAAUCCAAUGCGUAAGACUCGAUCAACUCACUUUAACACAGGCAUAUUAGAAGUAGCUGUAAAGGAUGAAUACGUCGGUGAUGCAUUUGGGGACGAGCGCGUGAUGAAAGGAAUUCCAAAAUGCAUAGAAGAGCUGCCCAAUCACCCAAACUUAUGCAAUGCUAAACGUUGGGAUCAUUCUGUCGAGUUAACAAAGAAUAUUCGCAUGGAGCACUUUGUAGCACAGGAGACAGCGCGGCAUCGAAAUAGCGAUAAUUGGCGACUGAAGCUUAAUGGAAAGUCAAACUACAAGAGCCUAGAGCAGCGAUAUUGUGAAUUCUCUAAGCUAAAGCGUCAAGAAAAGCAAGAAAUCGUAGCUGCACGGAAAUAG